AUGCUCAUGGAAAGGUUUAGCUUUCUCUACCUAGUUGGAGCUCUAUCAGUUCAGUCCUGCUUGCUUCUUUUGGCUGCGUCCCCCUCCAACUUCACUGAUCAAUCCGCUCUCCUCGCCUUCAAAUCAGAUGUCAUCGAUCCAACCCACUCUGUCUUGGGUGGUAAUUGGACCCAAGAAACAAGCUUUUGUAAUUGGGUUGGGGUCUCUUGUAGUCGGAGAAGACAGAGAGUGACAGCUUUGCGCCUUCAGAAAAGGGGUCUUAGGGGCACUCUUUCUCCCUAUCUUGGCAAUCUCUCCUUUAUCGUGUUGCUUGACCUCAGUAAUAAUAGCUUUGGCGGCCAUCUGCCAUAUGAGCUUGGCCAUUUAUAUCGUUUGAGAAUACUGAAAUUACAAAAUAACCAGCUAGAAGGAAAGAUCCCGCCCAGUAUUUCCCAUUGCCGGAGGCUUGAAUUCAUCUCUCUUGAAUCAAACUGGCUGAGUGAUGGCAUACCGGAGGAGUUAGGCAUCUUGCCCAAGCUAGAUUCCUUGCUUCUGGGAGGAAACAAUCUCAGGGGUACAAUCCCAUCAUCCCUAGGCAACAUCUCAACUUUAGAGUUGUUGGAUUUGCAUGAGUCUGGCCUCACAGGUUCAAUUCCUUCUCUCAUCUUUAACAUCUCUUCUCUACUGUCAAUUAUUCUUACCCGUAAUAGCAUCUCGGGUAGUCUUCCUGUUGAUAUUUGCCAGCACUCCCCCAAUAUUGAAGAAUUGCUUUUCACUGACAACCAACUUAGCGGCCAACUACCAUCAGGAAUUCACCGUUGUAGAGAGCUUCUCUAUGCAUCUCUAUCAUACAAUAGGUUUGAUGGACAAAUACCAGAAGAAAUCGGGAGUACACGAAAUCUUGAGGAGCUGUAUCUAGGUGGUAACCAUUUGACAGGACCCAUUCCAUCCUCCAUUGGCAACAUUUCAAGCUUACAGAUUCUAUACUUAGAGGACAACAAAAUCCAAGGUAGCAUACCGAGUACCUUGGGAAAUCUUUUGAAUCUAAGUUAUCUGGUCCUGGAAUUCAAUGAGCUCACUGGGGCAAUACCACAAGAAAUCUUCAACAUGUCCUCUCUACAAAUUCUGUCCGUAGUAAAAAACAAUCUUUCUGGAAAUCUUCCAUCAACGACUGGGCUUGGGCUUCCUAAUCUUAUGGUUCUCUUUCUAGCAGGGAAUGACCUUAGUGGAAAAAUUCCUCCGUCUAUUUCGAAUUAUUCUCAGCUCACUAAGAUUGAUAUUGGCAACAAUUUAUUCACGGGACCAAUACCCCCAAGCCUAGGCAACUUAAAAUUCCUCGAAAUCCUUUCUCUUGGAGAAAAUCAGCUAAAAGUAGAACCGGGAAGGCCUGAACUUAGUUUCAUUACUGCUUUAACAAACUGCAGACUUUUAGAAGAGAUAACUAUGCAGAACAAUCCCCUGGGUGGCAUCAUACCAAAUUCCAUUGGGAAUUUGUCAAACCACCACUCCCCCAAUAUUGAAGAAUUGCUUUUCACUGAGAACCAACUUAGCGGCCAACUACCAUCAGGAAUUCACCGUUGUAGAGAGCUUCUCUAUGCAUCUCUAUCAUACAAUAGGUUUGAUGGACAAAUACCAGAAGAAAUCGGGAGUACACGAAAUCUUGAGGAGCUGUAUCUAGGUGGUAACCAUUUGACAGGACCCAUUCCAUCCUCCAUUGGCAACAUUUCAAGCUUACAGAUUCUAUACUUAGAGGACAACAAAAUCCAAGCUCACUGGGGCAAUACCACAAGAAAUCUUCAACAUGUCCUCUCUACAAAUUCUGUCCGUAGUAAAAACAAUCUUUCUGGAAAUCUUCCAUCAACGACUGGGCUUGGGCUUCCUAAUCUUAUGGUUCUCUUUCUAGCAGGGAAUGACCUUAGUGGAAAAAUUCCUCCGUCUAUUUCGAAUUAUUCUCAGCUCACUAAGAUUGAUAUUGGCAACAAUUUAUUCACGGGACCAAUACCCCCAAGCCUAGGCAACUUAAAAUUCCUCGAAAUCCUUUCUCUUGGAGAAAAUCAGCUAAAAGUAGAACCGGGAAGGCCUGAACUUAGUUUCAUUACUGCUUUAACAAACUGCAGACUUUUAGAAGAGAUAACUAUGCAGAACAAUCCCCUGGGUGGCAUCAUACCAAAUUCCAUUGGGAAUUUGUCAAACCACGUUAGAAAUAUUGUUGCAUUUGGAUGCCAACUAAAGGGUCAUAUUCCUUCAGGGAUUGGUUCUUUGAAAAACUUGGGUACACUUGAAUUGGGCAACAACAAUCUGAAUGGAAACAUCCCAUCAACAAUUGGAGGAUUGGAGAAUCUACAAAGGAUGAAUAUUUUUGAUAACGAGCUUGAAGGGCCCAUUCCAGAAGAGCUUUGUGGUUUAAGGGACCUGGGGGAAUUAUCACUCUAUAAUAAUAAACUGUCUGGGUCAAUCCCACAUUGCAUUGGAAAUCUUAAUAAAUUACAGAGGCUAUUCCUGAGUUCCAAUAGUUUGACCUCCUCAAUACCAACAGGUCUAUGGAGCCUUGGAAACCUCUUGUUCUUGAAUUUAUCAUUCAAUUCUCUUGGCGGAUCCCUACCUUCAGACAUGGGAACUCUGACUGUCAUAGAGGAUAUAGAUUUAUCUUGGAACAAACUCACUGGAAAUAUCCCAGGCAUCCUUGGGACCUUUGAAAGCCUAUAUUCCCUCAACUUGUCCAGAAACUCUUUCCAAGAAGCAAUUCCAGAAGCACUUGGCAAGUUGAGAGCGUUGGAAUCCAUGGAUCUUUCACAAAACAAUCUAUCUGGCACAAUACCCAAGUCUUUUGAGGAACUUUCACAUCUCAAGUAUUUGAAUUUGUCUUUCAACAAUUUAUCAGGAGAGAUCCCGAAUGGGGGCCCUUUUGUGAACUUCACAGCUCAAUCAUUUUUGGAGAACAAAGCACUUUGUGGGCGCUCAAUCUUACUAGUCUCACCUUGUCCAACUAAUAGAACAAAGGAAUCAAAGACUAAGCAAGUUCUUCUCAAAUACGUUCUUCCAGGCAUUGCAGCAGUUGUAGUAUUUGGAGCUCUCUAUUAUAUGCUGAAGAAUUAUAGAAAAGGUAAACUACGAAUUCAAAAUUUCGUUGAUUUGUUACCUUCAAUUCAGCACAGGAUGAUUUCAUAUCUGGAGCUUCAACGUGCCACAAAUAGCUUCUGUGAAACCAACUUGCUUGGAGUGGGAAGUUUUGGUUCAGUAUACAAAGGAAUUCUGUCUGAUGGUACAACUGUUGCAGUUAAAGUCCUGAAUUUGCGACUCGACGGUGCUUUUAAAAGUUUUGAUGCAGAAUGUAAGGUACUAGCAAGGGUUCGACAUAGGAAUCUCAUCAAAGUCAUAAGUUCAUGUUCAAACCUUGAUGUAAGAGCUUUGGUUUUGCAAUACAUGUCCAACGGCAGUCUUGAGAAGUGGUUAUACUCUCAUAACUACUGCUUGAAUCUCUUUCAAAGAGUAAGCAUCAUGUUGGAUGUUGCCUUAGCUUUGGAAUAUCUCCAUCAUAGUCAAUCAGAGCCUGUGGUUCACUGUGAUUUGAAGCCCAGCAAUGUCCUCCUAGAUGAUGACAUGGUUGCACAUGUGGGCGACUUUGGUCUUGCAAAGAUUUUAGUAGAAAACAAGGUUGUAACACAGACAAAGACCUUGGGUACUCUCGGCUAUAUUGCACCAGAGUAUGGUUCUGAAGGAAGAGUAUCUACAAAAGGUGAUGUUUACAGCUACGGGAUUAUGCUGUUGGAGAUCUUCACAAGAAAGAAACCGACUGAUGAAAUGUUCUCUGAAGAGCUGAGUUUGAGGCAAUGGGUAAAUGCAUCACUUCCUGAAAACGUAAUGGAAGUUGUUGAUGGUGGCUUAUUGAGUAUAGAAGAUGGUGAAGCUGGAGGAGAUGUGAUGGCCACACAAAGUAAUCUUCUUCUUGCUAUUAUGGAAUUAGGCUUAGAGUGUUCGAGGGACUUGCCUGAAGAGAGGAAAGGCAUAAAAGACGUGGUCGUCAAGCUGAACAAGAUCAAACUGCAAUUUCUUCGCAGGACGCGUGCUUGAUACUCCACUCUUUAUCAGAACUUCGGUUCCAUAUGGCUGAUAGCAAUCUGAAUGAAAAGACAAUUUAUGCUUUACGAAGUAUGCUAGAGAGACAAUAUUUUCAUCCGAAAUAAGAAAGAGAUUGUAUUAAUUACUUUUCGAUACCAUGAAAUGGAAUAGCUGCAUUUUGUUAGAAGUUAAAAUGAGUCUAUUUGCCAACA